AUGGCCGGGACAUGGCGGCGAGCACAGGCUACGUGCGGCUGUGGGGAGCGGCGCGGUGCUGGGCUCUGCGGCGGCCGCUGCUGGCCGCGCCGGUGGGCGGGUCCCGACUGUGACCGGAGCGUGGCUGCCCAGAGGCCGUGCUUCGUCUCCUUGGGCGCUUUGGGCCGAGGCCCGGCAGCCGCCGGCCAGUGGCGAGGGCUUUGGGACGCGAACAGCCGCGGCGGCGGGGCAUUCUCGGGCGGCGAGGAUGCCGCCGACGGGGGCGCGGAGGACAGCGCCGGCGGCGCGGGGGGCAGCGCAGGCGCCGGGGAAGGUCCGGUCAUAACGGCGCUCACGCCCAUGACGAUCCCCGACGUGUUCCCGCAGCUGCCGCUCAUCGCCAUCACCCGCAACCCCGUGUUCCCGCGUUUUAUCAAGAUCAUCGAGGUUAAAAAUAAGAAGUUGGUUGAGCUGCUGAGAAGGAAAGUCCGUCUUGCCCAGCCGUAUGUCGGCGUCUUUCUAAAGAGAGAUGACAACAAUGAGGCUGAUGUGGUCGAGAGCUUGGACGAGAUCUACCACACGGGGACGUUUGCCCAGAUCCACGAGAUGCAGGACCUCGGGGAUAAGCUGCGCAUGAUCGUCACGGGACACAGAAGGAUCCAUAUUAACAGACAGCUGGAGGUGGAGCCGGAGGAGCCGGAGGCAGAGACUACGAAGCCCCGGAGGAAACCCAAGCGCAGCAAGAAGGAGGCCGAGGACGAUCUGGGCGCUAAGCCCCAGCUGGAGGUGGCGACAGAGCCCACCUCAGAUGCCCCCAGUGGGGUGCUCAUGGUGGAGGUCGAGAACGUCGUCCAUGAGGACUUCCAGGUCACUGAAGAAGUGAAAGCCCUGACUGCUGAGAUUGUGAAGACCAUCCGGGACAUCAUCGCUCUGAACCCUCUCUACAGAGAGUCAGUGCUGCAGAUGAUGCAGGCAGGCCAGAGGGUGGUGGACAACCCGAUCUACCUGAGCGACAUGGGUGCUGCGCUGACCGGGGCCGAGUCCCACGAGCUGCAGGAUGUCCUGGAGGAGACCAACAUCCCCAGGCGGCUGUACAAGGCCCUCUCCCUCCUGAAGAAGGAAUUCGAGCUGAGCAAGCUGCAGCAGCGCCUCGGGCGGGAGGUGGAGGAGAAGAUCAAACAGACGCACCGCAAGUACCUGCUGCAGGAGCAGCUGAAGAUCAUCAAGAAGGAGCUGGGCCUGGAGAAGGAGGACAAGGAUGCCAUCGAGGAGAAGUUCCGAGAGCGGCUGAAGGAGCUGGUGGUGCCCAAGCAUGUCAUGGACGUCGUCGAUGAGGAGCUGAGCAAGCUGGGCCUGCUGGACAACCACUCCUCGGAGUUCAGCGUCACCCGCAACUACCUGGACUGGCUCACGUCCAUCCCGUGGGGCAAGUGCAGCAAGGAGAACCUGGACCUGGCCCGGGCCCAGGCCGUGCUGGAGGAGGAUCACUAUGGGAUGGAGGACGUCAAGAAGCGCAUCCUGGAGUUCAUUGCCGUCAGCCAGCUCCGUGGCUCCACCCAGGGCAAGAUCCUCUGCUUCUACGGGCCCCCCGGCGUGGGCAAGACCAGCAUCGCCCGCUCCAUCGCCCGCGCCCUGAACCGCGAGUACUUCCGCUUCAGUGUUGGGGGCAUGACCGACGUGGCUGAGAUCAAGGGGCACAGGCGGACCUACGUGGGGGCCAUGCCCGGGAAGAUCAUCCAGUGCCUGAAGAAGACCAAGACAGAGAACCCACUGGUGCUGAUCGACGAGGUGGACAAGAUUGGCCGGGGCUACCAGGGAGACCCCUCGUCAGCACUGCUGGAGCUGCUGGACCCGGAGCAGAAUGCCAACUUCCUGGACCACUACCUGGACGUGCCCGUGGACCUGUCCAAGGUGCUGUUCAUCUGCACGGCCAACGUCACUGAGACCAUCCCCGAGCCGCUGAGGGACCGCAUGGAGAUGAUCAACGUGUCUGGCUACGUCGCCCAGGAGAAGCUGGCCAUUGCGGAGCGGUACCUGGUGCCUCAGGCCCGCGCCCUGUGUGGCUUGGACGAGAGCAAGGCCCGGCUGUCGUCCGAGGUGCUCACCCUGCUCAUCAAGCAGUACUGCCGGGAGAGCGGCGUCCGCAACCUGCAGAAGCAGGUGGAGAAGGUGCUGCGGAAGUCGGCCUACAAGAUCGUCAGCGGUGAGGCCGAGUCUGUGAAGGUGACCCCCGAGAACCUGCAGGACUUUGUGGGGAAGCCCGUGUUCACGGUGGAGCGCAUGUACGAUGUGACGCCGCCCGGUGUGGUCAUGGGCCUGGCCUGGACCGCCAUGGGAGGGUCCACGAUGUUUAUUGAGACGUCCCUGAGGCGGCCACUGUCCAAGGGCAGCAAGGAGGACCAGGAUGGCAGCCUGGAGGUGACAGGCCAGCUGGGGGAGGUGAUGAAGGAGAGUGCACGCAUCGCCUACACCUUCGCCAGGGCCUUCCUGAUGCAGCAGGACCCCACCAACGAGUACCUGGUGUCCUCCCACAUCCACCUGCACGUGCCUGAGGGCGCCACCCCCAAGGAUGGCCCUAGCGCUGGCUGCACCAUCAUCACGGCCCUGCUGUCCCUGGCCAUGGACCGGCCUGUCCGGCAGAACCUGGCCAUGACUGGCGAAGUUUCCCUCACAGGGAAGAUCCUGCCCGUUGGUGGCAUCAAGGAGAAGACCAUUGCAGCCAAGCGCGCCGGAGUGACGUGCGUCAUCCUGCCGGCGGAGAACAGGAAGGACUUCCACGACCUGGCGGCCUUCAUCACCGAGGGCCUGGAGGUGCACUUCGUGGACCACUACAGCCAGGUCUUCGACAUCGCCUUCCCCUGCCCCGGGCAUCAGGCCCAGGCCCUGGCUGUGGAGCGGUGAUGGCCGCACACAGGCCAGGCCUGGACUGGACCGGACUGAUGGCUUGGGAAGGACCCUGGGCCUGGCAGCAGAGCCACUGGGAGCCUCAGCCAGGCGACCUGGGUCCUAGGGUCCUCAGUUCUGGCUUGAUCAUGGAGCCCAGCACACUUGAGCUAUGUAAUCAUGAUUAAAAGACGUUUCCAGUA